AGGGCGGUACAUUUUAUACAACAACAAAUCUCUUGUUAUAUGAUUUUGUACUUUAUUGAAGAGAGAAAGGGAUGAAAAAAGAAUAUCUGAGUGUCCUAAUCUCCAUAUCAAUAAAGGAAAAUUAUUUCAAGGAGUGAAUUGAAUUAAAUUAUUGUCAAUUGACUUGAAUUGGCCGUAUUCUUUUUGAAUUGCUCUACGAAAUCAAUGAAAAUUCUAAAAUAACUAUAUUAGCGAAUUCAGUAUUAUUUUUAGUAAGCUUUGGGUGGUAAAUAGUGAAAAAUGCUACAGUUGAAAAACUAUGUAAUUAAAAAGGGUGUUUUUCCCUUAAUUUUCAAAAAUUGUAGAGGAUUAUCAACAUCUGUACAAAAUGAGCCAAGCAAACCAUCAUUAAGAACUUCAGUUCCUGGUCCAAAAACAUUACAGUUAUUAAAGGAUCUCAAUUCUCUACAGCAAGCCAGUUCUGUCCAGUUGUUUGCUGAUUAUGAUAAAAGUAUUGGUAAUUAUUUUGUGGAUGCAGAUGGGAAUGAGUAUUUGGAUGCUUUCACACAAAUAUCGUCAGUACCAAUUGGAUAUAAUCACCCGAAGUUGUUGACUGCUUUUGAAGACCAGCACAAUCUAAGAGCAUUGGUGAAUCGUCCUGCAUUAGGCGUGUUUCCUUCAGCGGACUGGCCUGAAAGACUAAGAAAUGUUUUGUUAUCUGUGGCACCGCAAGGGCUUGAUCAUAUCGCUACAAUGAUGUGUGGCUCAUGCUCAAACGAGAAUGCAUAUAAAGCCGUCUUCAUGUGGUAUCGCACAAAAGAGCGGGGUGGCAAAACAGACUUUACACCUGAGGAAAUGAAUUCCUGUAUGUUGAAUCAAUCGCCGGGUUCUCCAAAUUUAUCUAUAAUGUCUUUUCAGGGCAGCUUCCAUGGUCGCACAUUUGGCGCUCUUUCCACUACAAGAUCAAAACCGAUACAUAAGUUAGACUGCCCCGCUUUUGAUUGGCCGGUUGCUCCGUUUCCAAGAUAUAGAUAUCCCCUAGAAGAAUAUCAACGCGAAAAUCAGCAAGAAGAUCAGAAAUGUCUGGAACAAGUGGCUGACAUUAUUGAAAAGUAUAAGAAAAAGACCAAUCCAGUGGCCGGAAUAAUUGUAGAACCAAUUCAAUCUGAAGGAGGAGAUUACGAGGCAUCUCCAGAAUUCUUUCAAAAUCUUCAGAAAAUAUGCAAAAAGAAAGGGGUGGCUCUCAUUAUUGACGAGGUACAAACUGGAUGUGGACCCACAGGGAAAAUGUGGUGUUAUCAACAUUUUAACUUACCAUCGCCCCCAGACGUCCUCACUUUUAGUAAGAAAAUGCUGACCGGCGGAUUUUAUUUCAGCAAUGAUUUCAAACCGGCUCAAGCAUACCGCAUUUUUAAUACUUGGAUGGGUGAUCCUGGAAAAUUGAUACUUCUAGAACGCGUUUUAAAAGUAAUAAAAGAAGAUAAUCUUAUAUCUCUUGUGAACAAGUCUGGGAAAGUAUUGAAAGAUGGUCUUCACCAGAUUGAAAAGGAAUUUCCAAAUUUAGUGAACAGCGUACGGGGUCGCGGAACAUUCCUUUCAUUCAAUUCUUGCAACACUGAAACAAGAGAUAAGAUUAAUAAUAACUUGAAGAAAAAUGGAGUAAUAGGAGGUGUGUGUGGAGAGACUGCGAUACGCUUGAGACCUGCUCUAGUGUUUCAACCAAAGCACGCAGAAAUUUAUUUGGAUAUGUUGAGAAAAACAUUAAAAGAGAUGUAAACUCUAAAAUUUUAAUCUCAUCUAUUAUUUUAUAGCAUUUAUUGUUAUUGUUACAUAUCUUUCUGUACUGAUUUUUUUAUUUAGCUCAUAAUUUGUUGUUAUAUGAGUUUUAAAUUGUUUAAAUACGGAGGUGCCAUAAUUGUGUAAACCUUUGGGUAUUAUUAUUUUUAAGCACAGUUUUAUAUAAGUACUGUGGCAUAUUAUAGUUUCUCUCACAAAUAUACAUUACUUGUGGAUUAAUUAAUACUGAAUAUACCUAGUAAGUAAUUCGUCAAUUAGUGUUAUAAAAUUGUAAACCUCGAUUAUGUCUUCCAAAUAUACAAAUAUUAUGUGCAACCUAAA